AGUGCCUAGCGCAGAUUCGCAGAAUAGCUUUUGAAUAUUUUUGGGUGCAAGACAAAUAAACAAUAAUCUCACUUAGAUGGUGGAUUCGGCUUCUUGGUUUUGAGUAUUAAAAAUUAGAAAAUGGGAAGCCACCUGAACAAUUUUCUUCGUCCAAUGACGAGUGUCUGCUUGAUCUUCCUUCUCGUUGUGUUCACCGGCGUCGCCGAGAGCGGAAAUAAAUACUCGAAAGAAGCCAACACGAAAUUCAAUAAGCCGGAAGGGAAAUUGGAUCUCUCUUAUUUCAGGAAUUUGCAAUCUCCGUUCAGGAUGUCAAAAGUCAACAUGCUCUGGUCCAAAGCACAAAUAAAAUUGACUGAACCAAAGUUAAAGUCGCUGUUUAGCGAACUCAAAAUCCACGACAAGGAAGAAAUCAUUUUUAAGAAACUCAAGUCGGAUGGAGGAGACAAAGAAGGAUUGAAAGAGGCGGAGAUGCGCAAGAAACUGAUCGGCAUAAUGAGCACGUACGGCUUGCUCGAUUAUUUUGAGGACGUGUCAGAUCCGAAAAAACUGAAAACAGCAGAUCAGCACCCAACAUUCAAUGAGGCAAGCGACGAGCACCUCAACAAAUUGAUUUUCCGCGAUAAAAAACUUAACAAACUCUGGAUGAAAGCGGAGAAAGCAGGAUUUACAACUGCUGAGCUGAAGACCCUUCACGAGGAGUUUUCGCACCAUCAGGAUAAGAUUGAUCAAUAUCACGGACUCCUCAGUGAUAUAGAGCAGGGAAAUGUUGCCAAUUCGCUUGAUGAAGAGAACGCAGGGUUCAAUGACGUCGAGCAGCUAGAGGAAAAGGAGAAAAAAUAUGUUGGUCAGGCCAAUAAACUAAAGGUUCACCACCAAGAAAUCCGUGAUGGAUAUGACCGCUUGAACCGAAUGGCAGCUCAAGGGCCUGAAAAUAAAGAAUUUGUCGAGCCAAAGGUGCAAGAGCUCUGGAGGAUUGCGUCCAAAUCAAAUUUUACGACGCACGAGCUUGAAUCUUUGCGGGUGGAAUUGCUGCACUACGAAAAUAGGCUGUUAAAGCUGAGACACCUGCAGGCUGAAGCCGAGAUCCACAAGGACACGCUGAAAGCCGACGUUGAUGGCAAACUCUCUGAAGAUGCUCUGACCCACAUGGACAAGAUCAAGCGCCAAGCUCGCAGAGCAGAGAAGGUGCACUACGAUAUAGAAACUCGAAUUUUGUCGCGGCACAAUGAACUGUGAAACACUUUUCUUGUCGUCAAAUAAUACGCAUUUAAUCGCCAAAUUUACUUAUAUAUCUGUUAUAAAGUUGAGUGAUACUGAUUUAUUCAAGAAAAA